AUGAUCGCCAGGAGAAAGGUCCUUCAUAUGGCCGCUGCGGCGGCUCUUACUGCUUAUAUCUUCUGCAUGGUGCUUUUCAAAAGCUUCGGAGAUAAAACAUGGUCCAUCUCGCUUCCCGAUCUCGAUCUCUCUCGGAAUUACAUGGCCGAUAGUGUCUUUGAACAUAUCCAGAACAACACUCUUGGGUUUGAGCAUAUAUAUGCGAUCAGUAUGAAAGAGCGGACCGACAAGCGCGAUUUCCUGACACUAGCAGCCUCGGUGUCGGGGUUCAAGGUGGAAUGGCUCGAUGGAGUGCGACCGGAUGAACUAGCCCUCAAAGCCAUGCCGGAUGGACUGGACCUCUCACGGGUGAAGCCCACUGUUGUGGCAUGUUGGCCUUUGAUUUUGGAAGACGACGCAGACUGGGACGUGAGUCUUAAAUCCCAGCUGGGGGAAUUUGCGCGCGGGCUACACGCUUUGCAAGGAACCAAGUUUGUAUCCAAGGAAGCGCCUUACGGAGUAGACUGGGAUCUCCUCUGGAUCGGCGGAUGUGCCUCGGGCCCCAAUGCCAACGAAACAAGCUUCUACGCUAUCCCCAUGGACCCCACAGUUCCUAAGGUCCACCACCGAGCCACCUGGGGCGGACCCACCGACAAGUGGAAGCAACAAUAUCCAGAAUUGGCUGAGGACUCGACACGGUUUAUCUAUCGGGCUGACAUGGGCUGCUGCAUGUUCGGGUAUGCAGUCACGACCAAGGGUGCUAGGAAAAUUGUUUCCGCGCUUUCCAUCGAUCAUUUGGAUAAGCCGGUAGAUGAUGCCCUGAGUGAGUUGUGCGCGGGUGCGAAUGGACGUCACAAGAUUGAAUGCUGGGCCCCAUUUCCCAAUUUGAUUGGUACAUAUCGAAAGGCCGGCUCAGCCUCCCGGGAUUCAGAUAUCGAGAGCAACAACGCGGCUGAAUUUCACGAAGAGCUGGCCUGGAAUAUGGUAUACAGUACCAGGCGUAAUAUCCACCAAUUGGUUGCUGGUGAGGAAACUGUUUACUCGCAAUGGAAGGAUGAGGAUGUGCCAUGGUCGAGUAAAGCAAUUAAGCAUGGGGAGUUCGCCUAUCCUAGUGGAUAUCUUGUCAAUUAA